AUGACUUCUACAAAUGAUGGAAAAGACGUGAAAAGUAAUCAAAUAAGUGGCCCCAAAAGCAAAACAUAUUUUAUUGAACUUUACAAGUCGCUAGAAGCCCGUCUAAGUGGUGAUUGUACCGGUGAAGAGCGUGCGCGUCUCCUAUGUGAGUCGUGGCGCCGCGUGCACAGCCUUUGUCAGCACUCGGCGCCCACAACACAGACCCAUCUACUAAACUGGAUUCAACAGCACACAGCUCGUACAAUACUACAGACAGAAUGGCAGUCACCAAAAAGCAAAGAUCAUCAUACAUGGCUCGAAGAAGCGAUAGAUGAGUUCAUACAAGAAUGUCAGGAUGCUAUAUCGAGGAGGGAAGGGGGAUGGAGUCCAUCAUGGGAAAACCAAUUACGGCAUAGAGCUCUAUGGUUUCGGAGCACCCUGACAAAUCCAUGGGGACACAAUGUGCUAAAGGCAUUACUGGAUUCUAGAGGAACACAACCAAGCGACGAAGAAGUUCUAGAAUGGCUGAAACUGGAGCGUGCUGUGAUGUUUGUAACGCGACUUCGUCAACUGGCUGCCUCCAAAUGCGACGAUCUCGCCCUACUACUAGCAACGUGUGUCAUGAAUAGACUUCGGGCUACUACUGUCGAUCAAUCACAAUCUGGAGAUAACACAGAACAAGCCAACAAAGAUUCAAACUUUGUUAAAGUUCUAAGGAAGGAGGCUGGUUUUACUGAUGAAGUAUGGAAUCUUAUCACAGAUAUUGAAUUUGUGUUAUUAUAUAAAGGUGAACUACGAUCCAGAUGUAUUGAAUUGGCUAAACAAACCCCACUCCACAAUGGUUACCAACUUGUCAAAAGGCUGCAUAGUCGGCUCGAGUUGUAUCCGCGAGAAAAGAAAUUAUGGAAAAAUGCCAAAGAAGCGGCUACACUAGUUGCUGAGGUGGUGAUAGCAAGAUGUAUGGUAGUGCCUCAAUGUACGGGUGCAACACUAGUCUCUCUAUACGGCUGCGCUAGUUCAUUGGUAAGACUGCUGCCUGCUGACAAGCUGCCUGCCGCAGCAGCAGCGUUAGCAGCACCCGCCGCCACCUCCAGGCACUUACAUACAUUAGCCGAGGCUGUACAUACACAGUGUAAAAAUGAGCAAACUGCCUUUGUUUGUGAGCUGUAUGUACGUGCAAUCACAGCUGGUAUGAAUGAAUUGGAAAGGCUGAAAAUGAAGACUGAAAAGGAAUCUGAAGCCAGAUCUACUGAACAAACUCUAUCCACCUGGUUUAGUCAACUGGGUGAGCUAUUAUCAAACAGCAAAAGAUUGGAUUGUGAAUGUAUAUUGACAGCAUUCUCAGUACAUCCAUCUGCUGAAAUGUAUGAGAGGGUGAAGGCUGCUCCAAUACUCGCUCCAAUACAAAGUGAUAUCCAAGAAAUAAAAGAGGAAUUUAACUCUGAAUACGGCAGUUGGGCGAACGACAGUCGUACACAGACGAAUUUGGUGAAAACAUCAGAAACACUUAAUCUUAAGCAAACACAGAAACAGGCUAAUGUAUUGUCAACAGCGAUUCUCGCGGAGGGCGAAGCCCUAGGCCUUGGGCCGGAGCUAUGUCAAGAUCUGUCUGUUCUGAUAUCCGGACCACGAGUCAAAACACUUUCAUGGGAUACAGACAGAGAGCAAUUAUUGGAAAACUGCCGAACAUAUAUGGAAAGAACUGGUGGUGGGACUCGGGCUCUUACAACUGAACUCCGAUACUUAAACCUCGACCCUCGCAGCUUCCAACAUCUACCUGAAGAACAAGAUGAUGAUUCUGAUAUGUUCUACGGCAUUGAGAAAGGCUAUGAACACCUGGUUGAAUUUCAAGAAGAGCCGGAAGAAAUUUGGCAAGACGUCGCCUCCGACGAAACAGGUAAGAGUGACAUUACGACAUUAGACUUACCAGUGACGACGCAUCGACAGAAGAAAACUAAAACAAAACGAGUAAAAUAUAGCUCCGAGGAAGAAUCAGAUCCACUGAGUCCAGACUUAAACAAAGUUAACGAGAAGAAACAACGGCCGCACAGCAAAGAAAGGAAAGAAAAGAUAAAAGUGAAGCAAGAAAUAAAAGAUAUUAAAGAAGAAAGCCAAGAUAAUGGAAAACAAAAGAAAAAAGAGCGUAAAGAACGUAAGAAGAAAGAUAAAGAUGUUCAGCUAAAACCUUUCAACAGGCCAAGUGGUUCGUUAUCAAGGCUUGUUGGUAUGAAAGUGGCUAGAAUAUCAACUAUCAAUAAAAAUCUCAACAGCGACGUCAAUAUUAACAUGAGUAUAACCGACAGUGAUUAUGACAGCCAGGGAAAAUCAUCACUAGCGUCCUUAAAUUCAGAGGGUAAUGACACUGACGUGUUAUUUGAUGGCCUCUUUUCUAUGGAGGAUAUUAAGUCACCGGAAAAAAACCUUAACGCCCAUAUACUGAAAAUAACUAAACCUAUCGAGUCAACAUUAUCAAAGAGUGUAACGAACAUAUACGGUGAUAACGUAUCACCCGCUUACCGAAAUACAUAUGCGGCUUCGAAUGUAAAUAGUGUUAACGAAGACGUAAAGAAUAGUAUAAAGAAACUAAUUGAAUUUAGGCGAUGCAAGAAUUUAAAUGAUACCAGAACUGAGACCCACAACCAAAUACCUGCGUCAGUCCAAAAUAAUUCAGUUCCGUCAGUAAGUCCAAGAUAUUUGUCACCACAAAGUAAUGUACUGCCAGCAUCUAACACACAAAGUAUAACAACAAAUGCGCCUAAAGUGUUUCUUCCCAAAGAGAAAAUAAAACAAUUAAAUGCUCUUAAAGAUGAGGUUAACAGUAUUUUGCAGAAGACGGCGUUUAACAGAAAUAAAAUCGGCAUUAAUGAAGCUGCUGAGAAAUUCUUAUCUUCAAACACAGUUAUAACCCGACCAAGUGACCAAACAAAAUCUUCGGUCUCUGGGGUUUGUGUAAAAAAGAUUGAUCCAUAUAAAAGCAAUGACCAUAUGAAUAUUAAUUAUCGCCAAUUGGAAAAAGCGACCAAGAAGACCAUACAAAGCAAACCAUCGCCUUAUAGAAAUCCGCACCAUGAAAUAAUUAAACAAUUGCAAUCAGGAGUAGAAAAAACCGUAGUGAAAAAAAUCAUUGAAAGUCCAAGUCAAAUACAAUUUCAAAAUUUCUUAAAAGCUACGAUGUCGAGUCAUAAGCCUCAACAGAUACAGAAAUCUGAAAGCAUUAGCAACAUACAUCAAAACAUUUCGCAACAUAUAUCAAAUAAAACACCGAAUUUAAUUCAGAAUAAUAAUGAAAGUAAAGAAAAAUUACUUGGACAAAACGUGCAUCUUAGUGCCUCUAAAAGUAAUCAAAAUAUAUCGCAAUCGAUAACACAUAAGCAAGAAUCGCCUAGCCAAAGACAAUUCCACAACUUUCUUAAAGAUUUACAAGAUAGUAUAAACGCUGGUGCUUCCAACGACAAACAGGAAACCAAAAUUUCAUCUACGCAUCCCUGUCCCAAACAAAUGAUUCAAAAGAAACCUGAUAAUGUCCCUAAAACAUUUGCACGUAUGAGUUACCUCAAAACCAAGCAGUGUGACCAAAAAUUAAAACCGUCAAUUGACAAAACGCUACCCAAUAAAUGCCUUCAAGGUAAACCAAUUCAAAACCUACAUUUACAACCAAGAGGGGACAUUUUUAUAUCAAAAAUUGACAUAAUAAAACCUCAAGAGACAAAAGAUAAAAUUAUUUUAGAAAAGAGAGACACCAAAGCUAAUCCAUGCAUACAGUCGACAACACCUUUAAGAAUUGUUGGUCAACAACCUAUAUCACAUAUAGUUUCGAGUAGUUGUCAAAAGUCAAUACCAAUCAACCAACCAACCAAUGUUGUGACAACAAGUGACAUAAAAUUUAACGAAUUAGUAACAUCUUCAACGCCUGGAAAAUCUUUUUUGUGUCAAAAAGAUCAAGACGAUGUGUUAAACUUAUUACGUCAAAAGUCGAUAUUAAAUUCAAAUAAAACACAAUCUAUGACUGUUACUCCAAAGAGCGUUGUUGACAGUAAUUCGACGUUAAACAAUAAAAAGCCCUUAAUUGUUAGUCUCGACACUGUUGCAAGGAACUCUAACACAAUCAACUUAAAAACGAAUGUAACAGUGUCUGAAAAAAAGAAUACAAAUGAGAAAUCUGUUUCGUCAUCGGCAUUAAAUACUUCGAAGACUCAGAAUUCUUCUCAAACCAAAAAGGUGCGAAAAGUUAAAGAACCUAAUAAGAACACGAAAAAUGCGACACAGAGCAGUGAUUGGGAAAGUGUUAUGGAUGCUAUUUUAGCAACGAAGACUCCAUCUAGAGUGUAUCAAACUGGACCUAACGCUCUUGACAUUGCUCUUAAUAAAGAUUCCUUUGAAAGAUGCUAUUCAAAAUCAUCCACUAUACAAAAUGAAAAGAAACCUUAUACAAAUAUUACGAAAGAAACCAUUAAAAGCAAUGCUGCGAAUCAGAAGAAAAAUAGUAGUAAAACGACGAACCCAACAGUUAAAAGUUCUAAAAAUCCUGAAUUGAAAACAAACUAUAAGCAAUGUGCAGUCAGCAGCAAACCCCAAGCAAAUAUAAAAAAUGUUGCGGCAGCCAAAACACAAACAAAUCAAAUUCAAAAAACAGUGGCACCAAAAUCACAACAAAUUAGUUUUGAAACUCUUUUAGAUUUAACAAAAAGAGAUGUUUCACAAAGCCAAGCUAAGCCAUUGCCAAGUGUUAUUCAAAAUCGUAACGAUCCAUUUAUAUCUGGCAUAAAGAACUCUGAUUAUGAUCUUCUAGAAGAGUUGAUGGACGAUGAACUUCGCCAAGAAAUAGGCGAAUUAUCAGAUGAAGAGAUUUAUAACAUUUCCCUCUCGAAUACAGCUAAAUAUAAAAAUCAGUCACAGACAUGCGAAUCUAAGAAAUCAAACCCAAUUUUGAACAAAAAUGUACAUGUACAACCUCCAACAAAUGUUGAUUUAUUUAACAAUGCUUAUCAAUUAUCUGACUUAAAUUCCAAAGAACCUUCAAGAAGUACUUAUAAGACAGAAACACCAGGAAAUAAGUGCAUCUCAAAUACAAAUACUACGGAACCUACUAAAUUAAGAAUAAUUUCCAACGAAGUAAUUGUUUCUCCCGGAAAUGCUAACAAUAAUAUUAACUAUUACUCUGUUAUAAAUAAGACUGCCCCUGCAAAUCGUGAACAAGGUGAAAUAAAAAAUAUUUGUCAGUCUAUGGCUAAAGAUACAAAUAUCUGCUUUUCGAAUAAAGCAGCUCCUGCUACUACCAGUUCGUCUAAUAAAACAACUGAUUUAAACGUGAAAAUAGAAGCUCAAACCAGGAACGUCAUCAAUAAUGGACAAAACAGUCGUUUUAAUAUUCUGGAUCCCACGAGGGUAGUUUUGACAGUACCUCAACGAAAAAUCAAUACAAAUGUUAUGCUGAUCAGUAACGACUAUAUCUACGAUCCCUUUCAGACCGUACAGGUCGACGAUGCAAAUGUUCAUGGAAAUGGCUCAAGCUAUAACCAAAAUACUUACUUUGCUGUGAACCAAGUUCCAAAUGUUAUCUAUCAUACCACACAGUUGACAACUCCUGCCGUGAAUCCUGUGCUGAUCGAAAACUCUAUUGUCUUACCAGUCACCGUACCAGUUUCUCAAAAUAUUCCAAAUGUAGUCUCUGAAACACAAUACAAGACAUCACCUACGAUUCAAAGAGAUAUCCAAGACGAUAAAAAUAUUGUAAAUAAAUCAAAUUCGGAAACUUAUGAUUCGGUUGCUGAAAAACUAGUGGGGGAUUCUAGUUUUCACAUUGAAAAUACAGAUAUGAAAUCUCAAACUAUACAACGUAUCAAAACACCUCAGGAAAAUAACACGACUUUAAAAAGUUCUUUAAACUCUCAAUGUCAUAAAACUUUUAUUGAAGAGAAAAACGAUAAUACUGUUAAUUAUAACGGAACAGACGAUUUAAAAAAUUUAGACGUUAACAUGACUUAUUGUAAGCCUAAAUUAACAACUGAUAAUGAGGAUAGUACAACAAAAUUGAAUAUAUUAAAUAAAAGUGCGGGUCAAAAUAAAUUUACUGAAGAUAGCGUCAGAGUGAAUCACGAUAUUGAAAUAAAUAAACAAGAGUUUGAUAGGAAAACUAUUUCGCAAAAGUUACUCCAGCAAAAUUAUAAAAAAGAACAAAUCAAUUCAUCGGAUGAACCACCAAACAAAAAAGAAUUUAGUGGAAUAUAUCAAAAAAGGUUACGUAUUCUAAAUAGAGAAAUUACACAUCGCUGUUCUGAUGCGCCUAUUCCGCUUGGUUACGAACCAAUAAAACAGGAAAAAAAAUCUGAAACAUCAAGUUUGAAAAGUAAAAGUAGCCCUUAUAAGCGGUCUAUCACAGAAUGCACAAAUAAAGAAGAUCCCAAACCCACAUGUCGACGAAUUUUACUACGAUCAUCAAAUUCAUUACCAAUAGUAAAAAGAGAUAAGAGUGACUGCAACCUUUCAAAUUUGAAGGAAAUAAAACUUGAAAAACGAAUAAGAAGAAAAAUUAUAAGUUCUCAUCAUAAAAAUACACAUGAAAUACCGAAAACUAACGAUGCGACAGUAGCAACAGAUAUAUGUGCAAAGAAGGAUGGAGAUGUAAAUAUAAAAUCACAAGAAUUGAAAAUAAUUGACAAUAAAUUUACAAAAUCUGAGUCAAAUAACGUUUUAAGUGAACGCCAAAAUGAAAAUAAUAUAUUUGAUUCGCAUAUGAAUGUUGAUGUAGAAGAAAAAAUUGCGCCUACAAUAAUACAACCUGUUACAAACAAAGGCUCAGAAAGAUUGGACCCUAAUCUCAAAAAUGUGGACGAUAUAAAGGAAGAAAUAAAUGAAGACAAAAUUCUUGAGGACUGUAAAAACAAUAAACCUCUUGAGAGUAUAGAGAAGAAUUCAACAUUGUGUAUGAACUCCGCGGAUUUGAAAUCAAAGGAAAAAAGUAACCAAAAUUUAUGUAACAGUAUAAAAAGUGCUUGUGAUUCCAAUAAGAUUGACAGUAAUCAGGUUAUUAAAGAUGCAUAUAAAGAUAAAAUUUUAUUUGAUGAAUUGCCUAAUUUAGAUGGUGAUCCAUCUAAAAGAUAUAUACGUUUGAAACUUCCCAAUGGCAGUUUUAAAGCUACUAUUUAUGGUAAAGUAAAUGUUAAUGUUGACUCAAUAUUGGAAGAUCCUAAUAUCAAAGCCAUGUUAUGGGAGAAGAUAAACAGCAAUACGAAAUGUAUUUUAAAUAUUAAACAAAUAUCUGUUCAAUCUAAAGAUCGCCCGUCAGUCAUCAAAACACAUAUCCAAGACGUAUCCUAUGUGACUAAAGAUCAAGAAACUAUAAAUUUAAUUAGUGAUGACGACGAAGAUUGUUCGCUGCAAUAUUUUGAAACGGAAUUUGGUCGUUUUAAAAUUGCUUCUAUGGAUACAGAAUUAUUUAGGAAACAUCAAAGAAGACUAUCUCAAAGAUGUGAAGUUAGAUUACAGCGAAUUAAUAACCUAAAUAGUAAAAAAGGACUUGAAGAGAAUUCAGGAAUUCUAAAUAUUGUAAAUACUGUUGAAAGUACAAAUGCUUUAACAUCAGAUACUCGGAAACAUAUUGUAGAUGUUAUAGAACUAGACGAUUCAUCAAAUGAAAGUGUUGAACUAAAACCAAACUUAUAUUCCAGCACAGUAAACGAUUGUCUCGCCACUUCAAAUGUGAAAAAUUCACCUGAAGACCUUGAAUUAAAUGCAACAUCUCAAGAAAUUAAUGAAAAGAAUCAAGAAUCCGAGCAAGACUCUGACAUGUGUGAAACAAAAAAUGUUUCAAAUGAGUUUGAACUUAAAGAGUGCUCUUUAAAGAUUGAAAAAUGUGACAAACUUAUUAAAGAUUAUGAACACCUAAAAAUAAAAAACAGAAAGUGUUAUGUUAAUUUAGUAAGACUUGAUCUAGCCCAUUUUUAUCGGAAUGAAAAUGAAAGUUUGGACUUAGAAUAUCCACAUGGUUUGGAGGACAAUCAGUUACCAGAAGUUUUACAUGUAGUUGAAAAGAAAGCACCAAGAUGUGAACAACCUUUUCAGAGCGCCGAAUCAAUAUCGACCUUAAGUGAAUUAGAAAUACCAGAAAACGACUUCUUGAGAGUGUCACCUUCAAUCAUAGAAAAUUAUAAUAUAUUAUAUCAAAUUGCUUCGAGGAUAGCAGCACUCGACAACUUAACCCUUUCACCUGAUGACAUAUCCACAGAUUGUGAUAGUGAUAAAGAAAGUAAAGCAGAAUCGGAUAUAACUCAUUUUAUAGUGACGGAAAAUAAACAAGUUGAUAGUCUUAUUAAAAUAACUCUGGAUUUAUUAACGAAGAAUAGCUACAUUUUAGAAAAUUUAAAAACUAUGCAGGAAAAAUUAAAGCGCCAGAAAGUUUCAAAUUUAUCUAGGAAGAGAAAAUUGGAUGGUAUAAGAGUCAGUAAUAGCUGCAGCAAAAUUUCAAAAUUACAUGAACAAGUUACUUUGACAACAGAUGAUAAAAUUAAUGAAAGUUUAUCAGAACUAGAACUUAAAAGAAAGACUCUUUUUGCGACCAAAAAUGUUGUAUCAUUACAAAAAAUGUGUUGUUCAUUAGUAAAUGCUAGAAUGGGUUGCUUGCAAGAGGUUAAUUCUACAGUCCUCUGUAAGAAUAAAUCUGAAAUUAAAAACUCUUUUGGACCUUUGAAGUCACAAAGAACCAUUAACAGUGCACAAAAUGCUUCUAACAACAUGGAACAGCAACAGGAUCAAUGUGAAUCACAAGAAAUAACAUUUUUAGAACUAAUAAACAAUGACUCAGAAUUCAUGAAUGAUAGUACAGUGAAUGUUCGAAGUAAUAAUAUGCCCAAAGUAUGUAACGUGCCUCCGAGCCACGUCGAAAAUUGCACUAAAUUUAUAAGUCAUGCAAGUGACGUUAAAUCUAUUAUUGAAAAUGACAUAGAACUUAAAAGUCAGACACUGGACCAAAGUCUCUCCGUAAUAUCUGAUAAUAUUGAGAGUGAAAAGAAUGAUAUUCCUUGCAUAGAAGAUUUAACAGACACAAGUGGCGAAGAAGUGGAUAAGAUUAUAUUACAAUGUAAUUCCAACAAUCCUCUAAAUAUAUUGGACGAAAAUUCUACAGAUAAUGUACGAAGUGAAGAAAACAAUCAACACACAGAAUCGUCUACUACUGACAUUUUGACAUUGAACACGCAGAAUGAAAAUACCUCACUUUGUCACCAUCUCUCAAAAGAAAUCGAAAGUAACAAUGAAUUAAAGAUAGACGUAAAUAAUGAAAAUCUACGUGUCGACAUUAACAUGGAUAAAAAUGAUAUUCUGACAUCAAAUCUUAAACCAAACGAAAACUCAAAAUUUGAUGACUUAGCCGAUGACAUUGAAGUUGUCACUUGUAAUAAGACAUAUUCAAGUGCACCCCAUAAUAUAAAAGAGGAUGUAAAGAAUAUAGAAUUAUUGAAUGAAAUACAGCAAAUAAAAGAAAACCUAAUAGAUGUUGCUGUUUCACAAGAUUUCCAGGUGGACACAAUUUCAGAAAAAUAUAUUUCGUCAAGUGAAAUAUUGAGUGGAAUAUCUAAGACCUUCAGGACUUCAGAAGAUAUAAGAAACGAUUCACCAAAUAAAAUAAAUAACAUAUUCAAUAUAAACAAAAUUAAAGAUUGCAGCCCAACUUAUCAAGAUUUUGAUGGUGUACUGGAUACUCAACAGCAACAAAAAAUAAAAGAUUUUAAUAAUUUUUCAAUAAAACAAAAAGACGAGAUCAAUGAAUCAUGUCAGGUCAUGAGAUUGGCAGAAUAUAAAGAACUUCAUCCUGUUGAGAAUAUUCUAAAAGAGGAAAAACAUCUCAGUUUUGAAGAGCUCGCUAGUACAACAAGCUACAAUUGUACAUUAGAUACUAGCGAAUCCUCUGAAUUAUUACUCAAAGAUUGCGCAGAAGAAAAGGAAAAUGAAACUUUAAGCUUAUUAGAAGAACUCUGUGGUAGUAACGAGAUUGAAAGCCAGAAAAAAUUAUUUAAUAUUGAAGAGAAAACAGAUGACGAUAGUAAGUGUAUAAUUAAACCUGAAGAAAUAAAAUUACAACCAUCAUCUCAUAAAUUAUCUUCGUUGGUUCCUGAAAAAGUAAUUCUUGCAGAAGAAAAAGCUAAUCCAGAAACAAUGAAUUUAUGUAAAGAUGCCGAAGUAACAUUUAGUGAAAGUGAGAACUUUGAUCUAAAACCAGUAUGCGCGUCGGAUAUAAAUAAAACAGAAUGUUUUAUACAAGAAACGAAAUUGUCAGAAAUAAGUCCGGAAGAACUUAAAGUAAAUAUUUGUAGCAACAAGUCUAAACAAAAAAAUGUCACUCUAGUCUACGAAGGUAAUUCCCAAGUGGUAUUAAAAGGAAGUAUAUAUGAAGAUCCUGUUGUAGGUACAUGUUAUGUUUUUCCCAUUGCUAAGAGAGCUUCUUUGAUUGAAGAAAAUGAAUCUAUUAGUAACAUAGUUGAUGAAAAAUCUAAAAUCGCAAUGAAUCAUUUAAAGAGUAAAAUUUUGGAAACGAGAUUAAAGGAAGAGGUUAACAUCAAUGAAAAACAAGACGAGGCUUUAAGUUUUACUAUUUUGCCGAAGAUAACAUAUAUAAAAGAAAAAUCAAAAGACGAUGACCUCCAUAUGUCGAAAGAUAAAAAGUAUAAACGAAAUCUAAAACGUAAAAUUGAUGUAAGUGAUUUUCAUAAUGGAAAAAAAUACCGAAAAGGGAAAAAUAUUGACUAUCCGAAACUCACCAUUUCUGCUAUCAAUGAUUUGGCAUAUAGCAAAGAAUAUAAACGCCUUUUUGACUAUUGUAGUUCUGUUACGUUUUCAUAUUCAAGACCAUUUCAUAUAGAAUAUAUAGAUGUUAACAACUUGCUCAAAUCGUGGCCAAUAAGAGGUAUUACAGUUGAUAAUACCGAACAGACUGAUUUUAAAAACUUACUUUUUGUAGAUGAAGACGUGUUCAAAGAUCCUUUCGAUCCCAUGAAACAAACGUUUGCCGAAGAAAUUAAUUACAAUUACAAUCAUGAAUACGUUACCUGUAAUAUUAAUGAAAAUAAUUUUAGAAUGGGUUUUGGUGAGGGGUCCGACAGAGUCAUUAAAAUUUCCGAAGUUAUAGAUAAUAAUUCAAAAUUUUCGGCUGCGACUCUGUCGGACGUAAAACAAGCUCAGCCGUUUUUAAUGUCCCAAGAUCGAGAAAUAAGUAAGAGAAAAGGAACCGAAACCGACAAAUACGAAGAACAGAAAAAUAUAUUUAAACGGUACUUAACCUACAUCCAACUGAAAGAAAAAGUGCGAUCAUUCUUUAAAAAUACUGCUUUAGAAUUGAAUAGCAGUUGUCUUUUAGAUAAAAAAGAUUCUUAUAAGAAUAAUGUUUCGCAUAGAUUUCCUUACGAAUUGACUAGUCCCGAAUUUAUGAAGCCGUCGCCUUUCGAAUGUAUUGUACAAAUAGUACAAGUAGGCCAAUUACCAGUUAGCGCAGCGGUUCAAAAUCCUGUAACAUGUGAUCCGAGAGUAACUCAAGUAACAGAUGCCAGUCCUUCGCAGUGUUCAGCUGAAAAUAGUCCACAAGAUGAUUCACAGCCUCCAAUAAAAACUGAAUAUACCGAGCUGACAACUGCCGACAUCCGCUUUCCUUUAGUUCAAGAUUACGAACGUCACAUUGAAGCCCAAGAAUCCUUAAAAGCGUCCUUUAAUUUCGAAAACAUUCCCGUUGAAACAGAAAUUAAAACAGAGAUCAAAGAUGAAAUACCUGAUUUCGAAAGUGUUCAAAAUGAUUGUAACGAAAACAAUGUUCUACAAUCAUUAGUUGAUAAACAUAUUAAUAACGUAGAAUAUCCGUAUGACUCUUCUGAUAAUUCCGAGGUUUUGAAUACUCCAACUAACCCAGAAAUUAUGUACGACCAAGAAAUACAAAGUAACUGUGACUUUAUACCUGAACAAGAAGAACACAAUAAUUCCUCGGAGAAAACAGAUCAAAUUGCUCAUGCAAUGAACGCUGCUGGAAUAACAACUACUUCCGAAAUAAUUAAUAAUACUGAGAACACUGAUCAAAAUGUAUGCCAAGAAGGAAUUGAUGACGCUUCACCUUCACCUAAUGACUUAUCUAAGUCUGCUAUGAAUUCAAUUAGUUUUCAACAAGCUCUAGCGCAAAUGUUGCCCACGAACUUAAAUCAGACUACUGAAGAGAAUAAUCAGUCUACAACAAAUUCACCUUUAACUUCUCAAGUGUUGCAUAUAGUUCAAAGUAAAAAUACAAAUGGAAAUCAAAUUACAGUAGUAGAUAACGCUCAAAACCCAGUUAUCAAUAAUUCUAAUGCACCUAUGUUGCACAUAGUACAAAAUAAAGGAUCCCAUACAAAUUCUACUCCUAAUACGAACCAGGGACAGAAUUCUUACGGAGGAUUAUCUUUACUUGAUUCUGGCUUGCAAGCCGGAAGUAAUCAACUUCUUCAUAUCGUUAAUACAGGAACACAAAAAAAUAACUCCGCUGGACAGUUACUCAAGAGGGUAAAUCUUGUAACAAACCUUACAAAUAAUCAAGGUGCUAAUGAACAAAAGAUGGUUCAGUUUCUUUGUAAAUCCACUGAUGGAAAAUCCAUUCAACUAAAUAGUCCACAUCAAAGAAGCAUGGUUCUACGAUUGCAACCAAUUGAGUCUAAUGUACAGAACAACCCAAAGCAAUCGGAUAACCAAGAUUUAAGUCCCACAUCGAAUGGAAAUAAUUCAACACAAGUCAAGGAUAUUGGAAAUCCUCAGCAUGAGAUCAAAUCUCGUUCUGUAUACGAAGAAAACUAUGCAAAGUUUAUUCAAAGUUCUAACAAAACGGUACCUGAAAAAUCGACGACUUUACCAAAAUUUAAUCAAGCUUUUGGUAAACCUGUCUUUCAAGAGGAAAAUCAAAAGGCAAUGGACUUAGAUACAAAUAAUUCUCAUUUAUCAUCAAUCAAUUCGGAACCGGAGAGUCCUGAAUGUACAGAUAGUACAAUGAACAUUGAUCACAUUGGUCAAAUAAGCAGCCCACCGCUUCUUCUGAGAAAAUCUCCAGCUCAAACCCCACAAACACAACCAAACUUAGUGCAACAAAUAAAACAAACCAUAACUCCCAUGAAUAUACAAACAAUGCACGGCGGCGUUAUUUACACACGUCAAAUACCAGUCAAUAUUGGAGGAGGCCAAACAAUCAAUUUAAUAACUGUUCCUAGCACCGAGCUUUUGGAUAAUGAUAAUCAAAAACAUCAAGGUGAAGUAAAAUUUAUAAAUCAAAAUGAUAUUGAAUCACCUAUUAUAAAAAUUGUACCACAUGGACAAAAUAAUUCAAAUUCAGAGGGCGCAAGUGAUGAGGGUAACAAUCACAUAGGAGUGACAAAUGAAAAUGGACAAUCAGGAGCAACACAGCACCAGCCAGUGUUGACUCAAAUGAGAAUUAAAUUACCUAUGCUAAGUAAAACACCUCAAAUGGUAUCAGGUGCAAGAGUUGUGAGACCAUCAUUUUUUCAAAUACAACGGAAUGUUAUUGGAGGUGCAAAUCAACCUGUCUAUCAACAACUCGUUCUAACGGCAGCCCCACCUCUUAGCCAGCACAUUCGUCUACCGCAAGCUCAAACAAAUCGACAAGUAAAAGUGACCUCUGAGGGCCAGUCGUCUUCUGAAACACAAAUGAGUACGUCAACACUUGAACAACUUCGGGAAUUCGAUAUGGUGUUGGAACAAGUAAAAGAACGAAGUACAGUUCAACCUAAUCCCGUUCCAAACAAUGUAUUCGCCAAGGUACACGGAUCAUCAUCAGAUGCCACUGAUGGUUCAUCUGUUACAUCUACAGUAACAGAGUCUACGCAGCAAGUUCUUUAUUCUAUUGGAAACAGUCAAUCUUUAAACGUUGCUUAUGUAAACAGAAAACCCAACACGACCUUCGUGCGAUCACCCGACUCUUCAGGAAUUGUAGAAUCACCUUCUUCUUCAACACAUGUUCAAAUGCCCCACACUGUCACUAGUGAGUCGACAUCCAACGAUGUUUCAGCUCAGCCAAGCCAGCCAAAAGCUGCAAAAGUUAGUUCUAAAUCUAAAUCCAGACCAAAAUCUUCUAGUUCUGCUAUGAAAAUAAAUGCAGUUCCUCCUAAAACUUCCAGUCAAAAACCUUUAGAGGAUGAACAAACAACCCAAAGGAUUCUAUACAUCUUGGCCGAAUAUAAAGAACAAGUCGAAAACUCGCCGGAUAAAGAUAAACCAGCACCGAGAAGAAGAACAAACCCUCCAUCAAAUCCAGGGUCAUCAAAACGUAAAAAGAGUUCUAGUGGUUCGAGGCGUCACGGCAUGCGUGAUAUGAGUCCCGUUCUCGGGGAAGACACUUGUCGCACGAUGGGCUCUGAAGACAGCAGCUGUGGGACUUCACAAGGCGACUGCAACGAAAGCUGUAUGGAUAGUCAUUCACCACAGGACAGUCCGCGAAAAGUAGUGAGAAAACUGACUUUUGACAAUGAGGCCUCAACACCCACACAACCUAGGCCUCAACCACAGCGGAAUGUCAUAGUAGCGGAUGGUCAAACGAUCACUGUCGCCAGAGGCACUUCUGGCAAACCAACAACAGCGGUACUCAUGCCAGCAAAUUACCUUUUGCCCGUAUCUAUGGUAAAGGGUGGACAGCAAAUAGCCAUAGUAACAAAUCGAGGUCCUAAAAUCUUAACUGUCGGUGGAGAGGGUGGUACAACAAAUGCACUCUUAUUACAACGUCUAAUUGGACCGGCUGGAUUAAAGCCUGUUCUGGCUCGCCCCGGCGUUCGACACGUCCGUUUACCUACUGCGGCUCUUCAUAAUCUCCACACGUUUAACUUAGCAACGACGACUGUUCAGCCACCAGACAGUACAGCACCACACACAGCAGGGUCGACACCGCCGGAGUUGAUCGAAACCAGGGUUACCAGCUCGCCGUGGCCGGAACGGGAAACACAAGAAGUCAAACCUGAACGCGGUUCGAGCCCAGAAGAUACGGAACCCUGGAAUCUUCCGUCAUCAGCAGACCCACACGACUAUUCAUACGAAGAGACGGUACGAACUGAAAACAUGGAUAGAACCGUGCUCGACGCCAUACCAGAUCGAUACAGUCCCGAUAUGGAGGCGCAAAGGAUUUUUGAUAAGAUGUUCGACAUUGACUCGAAAAAGUCGUACAUCAUUGAUUCACAAGAUGAUACGUCUCGUUGCGCAUACGAUAUUGACGCGUCAGAUUGCGGCGAUAAGGCCUACCAGCAGGUGGUGCAAAGACGGGAUGGAUCACGUCACCAUAGAUUCGCGCACGUCGCACACGCAGCGGCCAUGCGACACAAAUAUGCCAUCUUGGAACACGAAUUGAGAUUGCAGGGUUCUAUAUUUUCACAGAAAUCUCUAUCCGAAGAGUGUGAGGAUCUCGGCGUGGACUCUCCGUCGGCUUCCGAACUGUUCCCGGAGGCUGAGCUACUGUUUGGUAACUCACCGGCUCACGAGGCACACCAACAUUCACACACACCUCAGCCUACAGUCCUCAGUCAAUGCGGGAUUCCCCAACCGGAUAUUGACGAUCAGAUAGCUACGGAUCAUCUUCUACAACAGGAAAUAGAUGACCAACAGGAUUUAGGGGUGACUCUCGGCCUUGACGAAGGGAUAGUGACUGUUAGUGAGGACGGGAUGCAAGCCACCAUCGCUCUAGAUCAAGAAGAGUUCGCUAGAUCACAUCCCAACACAACCUUUCAUACUGAACCAACCGAGGAUGGAGAGAUCCAGCCUUUCACAAUCACCGGUCUCAAAGGUCGUCAUAUAACAUCAACAAUAUUCCACGCUACCCGCGCCCCAGCCACCGUACUAGUGAGCGCGCCGCCCACCGUUAUAAGCCAUGGGGAGGCUUUCAGGGAUGAAGUUAACGAUACAAGGGAACUACACUUCACACACACAGCCUCAGCCAUCGUACAUUCAACCGGAAACGCAACACAAGUCAUACGUCGAGUCUGCUGGGACGAAAGACGAGAUAAUAGAUGGAUGGACGAACCGGAAGGACUCAUAGCCGGAGAUGACGCGAAAAUGGUGGCCGAAGAUAAUUCAAGGGACGCAGCAUUAGAGUCUAUAGCAGGGGACGUGGAUGAUGAAAAUUCAACGCCAGAACAACACAACGAGUUAUACUGGGAGUCAAACUCAGCGUCAGAAAAAUCUGAAAGCAGACGACCCUUAGAUUUCAGCAGUGACAGCGAAAAAUGCUGUAAAAGCCCAUACGAUGAGACAAAUUCUACCGAUUCAAGUGGUUUAGGUACACACAUGAGAUUAGAUUCGGUUAUAAAAGACGCUAGAGGUAUUGAAAUGAGCGGAAGUGCAGACGGUUCGUCAGCUGAUGACGGACUUCCUGUAAGGACAUAUCCGGCGAAACGAUUAUACUCUAUAGAGGGCGUGGAGCGAAGUAUGUCCGGUAAGACAAGGGCGGGGGAAAGGUCACCGGAUAUUAUGGAGGUGCGACGGAGAGCUUCCGGUCGGGGCGUGGUUAAAAGAGGUUGUCAUUGCUGCAACGGCUCCCCAGCGCCGCUGAGGACGAAAAAAUCGAGACAGAAGAAACCUAACGUGGACUUCCCCACACAUUGA